AUGGAACAGCUUAUUAGCUUCAUCAUAAGACCACCCAGAGCUGAAUACAAUCCGAAAAAUGAUUUAUUAGAUCAAGAAUUUAUGCUUAAAGGGAAGUGGUACCAGAGGAAAGAUUUGAAGGUUGUAAAUAGUCGAGGAGAUACUCUUCAAUGUAGCCAUUACAUGCCUAUUGGUCGUCCUGAAGGACGUGCCCUUCCUUGUGUAAUAUACUGCCAUGGAAAUAGUGGUUGCCGAGCAGAUGCUAGUGAAGCUGCAAUUAUAUUGUUGCCUUCAACUAUAUCAGUUUUCACUCUUGAUUUCUCUGGUUCUGGACUCUCUGGAGGAGAGCAUGUAACUCUAGGCUGGAACGAGAAGGACGAUCUAAGAGCAGUGGUUGAUUAUCUACGGGCAGAUGGGAAUGUUUCUUUGAUUGGUUUGUGGGGUCGCUCAAUGGGUGCUGUUACAAGCCUGAUGUAUGGAGCUGAGGAUCCUUCCAUCGCAGGAAUGGUUCUGGACAGCCCCUUCUCAGAUUUGGUUGAUUUGAUGAUGGAACUGGUGGAUACUUACAAAGUUCGACUUCCCAAGUUCACUGUUAAGUUCGCAAUCCAGUACAUGCGGAGAGCAAUCCUAAAGAAGGCAAAAUUUGACAUAACAAACCUCAACACAAUCAAGGUUGCAAAAUGUUCCUUUGUUCCAGUUUUGUUUGGUCAUGCCGUUGACGAUGAUUUCAUACAGCCCCAUCAUUCUGAUCGCAUAUUUGAUGCUUAUGUGGGGGACAAGAAUAUUAUAAAGUUCGAGGGUGAUCACAACUCUCCACGCCCUCAAUUUUAUUUUGAUUCUAUAAGUAUCUUUUUCAACAAUGUAUUACAACCUCCAGAGGAUGGAGGAGGGACUGCAUUUUUUGACUUGUCUCAUGAUUAUUAUGGCAAGGGUACUUGGACUACUGUCCACGAUACAAAAUAUUUGGAUGAUAUCUCGGCUUCCCCUUCUGAUCAAGCUGGUAGUACGACUGAAGAUGCUAUUAACCAAGUUCGCUCCAGAAGACCUAUGAGUAAAAUAGUGGUCCCUGCAGAGAUAUCAUCCAAAGAUAAACAAUCGGAUGGGCAGGAAGAAGAUACCGGAUCUGAUUCUUUUGCGUCAUCUUCUAAUAUGAUCAGCUUUGAAUUAUCGGGUGGUAGUCCACAUGGUACUCUGCCUGCAUCACUAGAUGAUGAUGAAUAUGUGGAAUACCCUCUUGAUAACUUGGCUGACUUCCCGAGCAAUGUCGAGGAAGAAGAGAGGAUGUUUAUGAAAGCUGUAAUGGAGUCGCUGAAAGACCAGGAGACAGGACACUCUCAUGUUGAGGAACCAUCUUCUCAUGUUGGCAGUAACUUCCCUGAAUCAACACAUGAACGACAAUAUUCUUUUUCUACACCGGCUGCAUCCUUAAAAACUGUGUCCACUUCAGCAGCCACUGAUUCUGAAUUGACACUUCUUUCAGAAGCAGGAAUUAGCACACCUUGUAGCGACAUUUCAACGUGUGAACUUAGUACAACGGAUGACAACGCGAAUUAUCCAAAGGCCUCUGUAGUAGCAGUAAAUAACUGUAACAUUGAUGAUGCUACUGUGUGUCCCAACGAACCAGAGAGGAAUGAGGCUGCUUCUUGUGGCUAUACUCAACCUGGUAACCAAAGUUCAUCUGAUACAGACAUGGCUGACCACACUAGGGUCACUGUAAAUGUUGUGAAAACCCCUACAACUAAUAUUAUUGACGGUUUGUUUCGUCGUUGGGAUCUCAACUUCUUUAAGAAUAGAUAA